UUGGUCCGUGCCAUCCAUCUCAUCAUGGACAGCCUGCUGAGCGGGGCCAGUAAAGGGGCCGGUGCCCUUCAGUCAGCACAGACCUCAUCACGUCAUAGAUGCCACUCGCUGUCUUUGCCCCUGUAUGAGUGACCGUUUAGGAAACAAUAAAGCCUAAAUUCCUCUUAGUUUGAACAAAAGAGCCAUGCAUCCACCGCUGGCCCUCUGUGUCUUUUGGCUGCUGCCCCUGGCCUUGACGCUAGAAGAAGACUCUCCCCUGGACUGUGUCCCUCGCAAAUCCGUGCCCUCCCAUAAGGCCAACGCUCACCUGUUUCAUGAGGAGGGAGUGUUCAACUACUCCACCAUGCUGCUGAGAGAAGAUCUGGACCUGCUAUUGCUCGGGGCCAGGGAGGCAGUGUAUGCUCUUGACCUGAAAGACAUCACCAAGAAACUUGCUUCAGUUAAAUGGGAAGUGACACAACAGCAAAGAGACGAAUGCAGAAACAAAGGAAAAGACCCUGAGACGGAGUGCAUGAACUACAUCAGGAUCCUGCACCAGACGGAGGAUAACCGGAUGUAUGUGUGUGGAACCAAUGCUUUUGAUCCUGAGUGUGAUUACAUGUCCUACGCAGAUGGAAAGCUGACUCUAGAGAAGAAAGCAGAAGAUGGCAAAGGGAAGUGUCCAUUUGAUCCUUUUCAGAGAUAUGCCUCCAUCAUGGUUGAAAACAACUUAUUCUCGGCCACUUCAAUGAACUUCCUGGGCUCUGAACCCGUGCUGGCGCGCAGCUCCCCUGUCUCCAUACGCACUGAGUUCAAGAGCUCCUGGCUUCAUGAGCCCACCUUUGUUUCCAUGGCUCAGAUGCCAGAGAGUGAUCUGAGUGAGGAGGGAGAUGAUGACAAGGUCUACCUGUUCUUCAGUGAGUCCGCUGUGGAGUGCGACUGCUACAACAAACUGGUGGUUUCCCGCGUGGCCCGGGUCUGCAAGGGGGAUCUUGGAGGUCUGAGGACCUUGCAGAAAAAAUGGACAUCCUUCCUGAAGGCCAGGAUGGACUGUCCCGUGUUGGAGUCUCAGCUGCCGUAUAUUAUCCAGGACACUUACCGCUUGUGUGACCCGCAGCAGCACUGGAAGGACUGUUUGUUCUACGCCAUCUUCACACCCCAGUCGGAUACAUCAGACCUGUCUGCAGUGUGUGCGUACCGCGUGUCAGACAUCAGUAAAGUGUUUGCGGAGGGGAAGUACAAGACCCCAGUCCCCGUAGAAACCUCUUUUGUUAAGUGGGUGAUGUACAGCGGAGAUGUCCCCGUCCCUCGGCCCGGAGCUUGCAUAGACAAUGAGGCUCGUAAAGCGGGCAUAAAUCAGACUCUGGACCUCCCAGACCGGACCCUUCAAUUUAUCAAAGAUAGGCCCCUCAUGGACCAAGCUAUCCAGCCAAUAGGGGAGAAGCCUGUUCUGGUGCGAAGGGGAGCCACAUUCACACGCAUCAUAGUCAACCAAGUGCAGGCCGCAGACGGAGAGAAGUACCAUGUCAUGUUCAUAGGCACAGAGGAAGGCACAAUGCUGAAAGCAGUGAACUACGAUGACGAGAUGUUCAUCAUAGAGGAAGUGCAACUCUUCCAGCCUCCAGAGCCAAUCAAGACUCUGAAAUUCUCUCACGUCACGGGUCAGCUCUAUGCGGGCUCAGACUCGGGGGCAGCACAGAUACCGCUGGCCUCCUGCUGGAGGUCCCUAUCCUGCAUGGACUGUGUUCUAGCCAGAGACCCAUACUGCGGCUGGGACAAAGCUGACGGGAAAUGUGUCGUCCUUUCUGAUGUGAAAGGAGAAAUAAUCCAAAGUGUGAAACAAGGAGAUGCCUCUCUCUGCCCUGAUGCUGAUCCUGUGAAACCUAUGAAUAGGUCCUUCUGGUACGGGGGAAACCUGAAUCUCCAUUGCCUUCCUCCCUCCAACCUGGCAAAGACCAGCUGGGUGCGGGCUGGCCGGCCUCUGACCCCUUCAGCUCGCAUUCAGGUUCUACAGGACGGACUGCUGAUCCUGAACGCCACAGAGUCCGACAGUGGUCGGUACCGCUGCCUGUCUGUGGAGCUCUCCAAAGCUGACAAGUACACGAGCACCGUGGCAGAGUACCAGGCUAUAGCCCUGUCUGACCCGGGGGACACAGGGUCUACCCAGGCUCAGACUAAAGGCCCCUCUGUGGCUGGACUGCAGGUCGUAGUCGGGCUCCUUGUAGUUUCUCUUCUUGCCCUUUUGGCUUGGAACUUUUACAAAGGCCAUCUACCGCUGCCCUGGAACUGCAGAAAGAAGAAUACAGAGCAAUCCCAAGAGACCCCCGAGCAGGGGGGGCUGAACUCCAGAGUGACCUACCAGGAUGCACCGGGGCCCGUACCGACAGAGGGCAAGCCCCUGGUGUCUGGAACAAACAACCACACUGGAGGGGAGGCCGCUGGGGAGAAUGAGGACCCCAAAGAUUCUCUGCAGUAUAUUGAUGACGAGUACGAAAAUUAAAAAUGACCAUCCUGCGCAACUAAAGUUUGAGAAAUGAACAAGAAUAACGCAAACUAUUUGUUAAGAGGCAGAACUACUGGAUUCAGCUCUAAUGUUUGAGAGAAAUCUCAAUUUAUGGGACUAUAAAACAUUCCCAAGGGAUUGAAACUUUUGUACAUGUUUGAGACAUUUGAAGUUCUGCUUUUUGUUUUAUAAUUGUGUACAUUUAAAUGUUUUAGCUUCCUACUAAUUGUUUAAUACCUUUCAUAGAUUUAGCAUAUCUUGUAAAAAUUAUUUAGAUUUUCACAGGGAAUGUAAAAUCAUUUAAAAUGAGCCAUUUUCAUUUUACCACUAGCUGCCAUAGUUUUCUUUUAUUGUAUUAAAACGUUUCUACCUGGUUCUUGUGUAUCUAAAUAUAGACAAUGUUUAUUAGUUUUCAACAAGACUGGGCUUGCAAAGAAUGUGAAGAACAGAUGUGGAAGAUGCCUGCCGUUAUGAAUCAUCUUUGUCCUUUCGUGUAUGUACAUCUCGUCUUUCUGACUGAGUUUCAAAUAUUCCAUUUCUUAACUCAAUUAAAUGUUUAAAAUUGGUGUUCACGACGGAAAAAACAUUAAAACGUGGCAGCUUGCAAAGAGUAAGAAAGGGAAAAAA